CAAAAUGUGUUUUUCCUUCUUGUUUUCUUCCUCUUCUGUUGUUUCCUCGACCGUGAUGUUUAAUAGCAGACUCCAAGUUUCUCUGUUCUCACCUUAAAUCUUAUUAUUAUUAUUAUUUUUUUUUUGGACUCCGGUCAAAUGUAAUGAAAUUUGAAGAACAGUUCAGAGUAACUGAAGACAGAAGCAGUUAUUCCAGGCAGAUUAUUUUCUGUGUCAGACAUUAUCUCUACAGUUUCAGCUUUAGUGAAUGUGGCUUAGUGGUCGGCCCCCAACCUUUGGCGCCACCCGCAGGACAGUGGCGGUCCAUGAAAACACGGUAUCAGCGCUGUGGCGACGGAUCAAGGUCUGAACAAGGAGUUGCCAACAGUCACACACCGCUCUUUCCUGGAAGACGAGCACUUUCCUCCUGUCCACUGUCAGCGGGGGCCUCUCCUCCUGCAGCCACCUGAGGAACUUCUCCGGGUCCUGAACCAGCCGGUCCAACCAGCUUCAGUGCAGAGGGGCACGGCGAGCCGCAGCUGCACACGAUGAUCCCCAACAUUGCCUUCUGCUCCCGGUCUCUUCGGAACAUCUGCGCCUUUUCCAGAGCCGUGAAAGUUUUGCGGAGACCGUGGACACGUCAGCCCGGACUGUGUGCAGCAAGCCGUGGCAUCCAUGUGGACUCUCCGCCCAUCGUCCCAAGUCUCAUCACCAGUUAUGCCCACGGCACGUCGUCCACUUCUUUGCUCCACUCUACAGUAGGAGAGACUCUGCUGAGGACUGUGGAGCGCUGGCCUGACAGAGAGGCAGUGGUGUUCCUACAAGAUGGAGUCCGCAAAACCUUUGCACAGUUGCAACAGGAUGUGGACCAGGCCGCAGCUGGACUCCUGGCUCUUGGACUGAAGAAAGGAGACAGGCUCGGCAUGUGGGGACCCAACACAUAUGAAUGGAUCCUGUUCCAGUUUGCUACAGCCAAAGCUGGCAUUAUAUUGGUUUCUGUGAACCCAGCGUACCAGCUGCAGGAGGUGGAGUUUGCGCUGCGGAAGGUCGGGUGUAAAGCUAUAGUUUGCCCCUCACAGUUUAAGACUCAGAAGUACUGUGACAUGCUGCGACACAUAUGUCCAGAGAUCGAGUCGUCCAGCCCAGGAGACAUCAGGAGCGCCAGACUCCCAGAUCUCCGCUCUGUGAUUGUUCUGGAUAGUCGACAACCAGGAAUGUUCCAUCUGGAGGACGUGAUGCAGGCCGGCAGCAGCCAGUACAUACAGCAGCUUCAGGAUCUGCAGAACAAGCUGUCGUUUGACGACCCAGUAAACAUCCAGUUCACCUCGGGUACAACUGGAGCUCCAAAGGGCGCCACCUUGUCCCAUCACAACAUUGUCAACAACGCCUACUUUGUUGGCAGAAGAGUGGGAUACACCUGGAGGCCUCACACUCGUAUCUGUCUGCCUGUGCCUCUGUACCACUGCUUUGGCUCUGUGGGUGGUGGGAUGUGUAUGGCCGUUCAUGGCGUAUCCGUGAUCUUUCCCUCCCCUGGGUACGAUGGAAAGGCCAACAUAGCGGCUCUGGAGAGUGAAAGGUGCACGUUCAUCUACGGCACGCCCACCAUGUAUGUCGAUAUGGUUAACCAGCCAGAUUUGCCUAAACAUGACUUGUCAUCAGUGGAAGCAGGCAUCAUGGCUGGUUCCCCUUGUCCUCCAGAGCUUGUGAGGAAGGUCAUAUCUGUAAUGGGCAUCAAGGAAAUAACAAUUGGAUAUGGAACCACAGAGAACAGCCCUGUGACGUUCUGCGGUUCCCCAACAGACAACAUGGUGAGGAAGUCUGAGACAGUCGGCUACAUCAUGGACCACUUAGAGGCUAAAAUAGUGAACCCUACAACUGGAGAGCUCGUACCUCUGGGGAUGAUGGGGGAGAUUAUGAUCAGAGGAUACUGUGUGAUGUUGGAGUACUGGGGCGACAAGGCCAAAACAGAGGAGACCAUCACUAAAGAGGGCUGGUACAAAACCGGAGACAUUGGCAGCAUGGACGGCUACAGCUACUGUCGCAUUGAUGGCAGGAUUAAAGACAUGAUCAUCAGAGGAGGAGAGAACAUUUACCCAGCAGAGAUCGAACAGUUCCUGCACACACACCCCAAAGUGAAGGAGGCGCAGGUGGUUGGAGUGGAGGAUGCCCGAAUGGGUGAAGAAGUCUGUGCCUGUAUCAAACUGGUAGACGGACAGAACUGCACUGCAGAAGAAAUCAAAGCUUUCUGCAAAGGGCAGAUUGCUCACUUCAAGAUUCCUCGCUACGUCCUUUUUGUAACCAGCUACCCGCUCACCAUCACUGGAAAGAUCCAGAAGCACAAACUUCGUGAGGAGGCUGAGAAGCAGCUGGGACUGAAGAAGGGACAAUGAGAGGCUCUGCUCAUGUAUGGAGACAAUUCAAUUACUGUAUAUUCUGCACCACAAACAACAAUUGGGAUCAUGUACCCAGCCAUCAGAGCAUAUUAAAACGUCUGGAGAUAUAAUAAUAACAGAUGACCUGAGCCUCUGCAGACGUGUGAUAGACGGGUAUGAAGCUGAAUCCUCCUGUAACCAGCUUGUUAAAGGACAAGUGUGGUCAUGUUAUGUAUUUUUCUCACUGUCAACAAAUCACAUGAAAAGACCAAAACCAACAAUGAAUUGAUCUGAUGACAACUGUAAAUACUCACUACAGCACAAGGUGCGUAUUAAUCCGCAGCUGAAAAUAGUCCCAAUUUACUGAAGUUUCACAUUUGUUUGAGAAGCGUUUGUUAAAAACCACAGAGACUAGAUGUUUCAGGAAGUUACUGAGUCUUUUAUACAAAUGAAACUAUAUAUUUGUGAGACAUUUUUAAAGAUUUCCAUCCUCACUGGGUCAAACACGGGGUAGGGAAGCUGUAAAGCUUUUAACGUAAUGUUUGUUCUGGUGUUUUCAUGGGAUUUGUUGACAGUAAGAAAAACAGAGUAACACCAAUUUAUCCUUUAACAAAGUGCUGAAACCACUGUACUCAGCCUUAUAUUGAAGAUCAGUGCAGAACGUAUUGUACCCCAUAGUUCCCCACUGUUCUUCUGUUGUAUCCUGCAGAAAGCAAUAAAAAAUAUUCUCUUUUAUAUUUUUUUUACAUCAACUUGAAAUAAACUUUGAACCACAUUAUUAAAACCAGG